GCAAGCCCAAGUGAAGUCACAGAGAAACACAACCAGAAUGGCUCCAAAGAACACCAACGGAGCUUCCUGCUCCAUCUCCACUCUCUUUCUCCUUCCCUCGCUUCUCUGUUUAUUCCCACUCUCUCUCUUCUUCCUCUCCAUCACAACCCACCAAUCCAACUCUCUAUUCUCCUAUUCCACGCUCUCCUCAACUGCCCAUCCAUUUCCACCCAAUUCCCUCAAAGUCUACGUAGCAGACCUACCCCGAUCUCUCAACUACGGCCUCUUAGAAGAAUACUGGUCUCUGCAAAACGAUUCGAGGCUGGGAAGCGAACCCGACAACGAAAUUCGAUCGACCAAUUCGUGGAAAAGGCCGUUCCCUCCGUACCCGGAGAGUCCGUUGAUCAAGCAGUACAGCGCAGAGUACUGGAUCACGGGCGAUCUGAUGACGCCCGAGGCGAUGAGGUCCGGGUCGUUUGCCCGACGGGUUUUCGACGCCGGUGAGGCCGACGUCGUGUUCGUCCCGUUCUUCGCGACGCUGAGCGCUGAAUUGCAGCUGGGCGUCGGCAAGGGGGCGUUCAGGAAGAAGGUAGGGAAUGCGGACUAUGAGAGGCAGAGGCAGGUCGUGGAUUUUGUCAAGGGUUCUGAGCCCUGGAAGCGGUCCGGCGGCCGUGAUCAUGUGUUUGUUCUUACUGACCCUGUUGCUAUGUGGCAUGUCAGAGCUGAGAUUGCCCCAGCAGUUCUUCUGGUGGUUGAUUUUGGUGGGUGGUAUAGGCUUGACUCAAAAGCAUCCAGCGGUAACUCUUCAGAUAUGAUACAGCACACCCAGGUUUCACUGCUGAAAGAUGUGAUAGUGCCAUACACACAUCUAUUGCCUAGGUUGCAAACAUCUGAAAACCAGAAACGUCCAACCCUUCUUUACUUCAAAGGGGCUAAGCAUCGACAUCGGGGAGGGUUGGUCCGAGAGAAAUUGUGGGACUUGUUGCUUAAUGAACCCAGAGUCAUUAUGGAAGAAGGCUUCCCUAAUGCCACUGGGAAGGAGCAGUCCAUAAGAGGGAUGAGAACAUCAGAAUUCUGCUUGCAUCCUGCUGGGGACACCCCCACUUCUUGCCGACUUUUUGAUGCCAUCCAGAGCCUCUGCAUACCUGUCAUCGUUAGUGACGACAUUGAGCUCCCAUUUGAAGGAAUGGUGGAUUAUUCAGAAUUUUCUGUUUUCAUUGCAGUAAGUGAUGCUUUACGUCCAAACUGGCUAGUGCAUCAUCUAGGAAGCUACUCUGACAAGCAGAAGGAUUUAUUUCGGCAAAAGAUGGCUCAAGUUCAGCCCAUCUUUGAGUAUGAUAACGGCCAUCCAGGUGGUCUUGGGCCUAUCGCACCUGAUGGUGCUGUGAACUACAUAUGGAGAAAGGUCCACCAAAAAUUGCCCAUGAUUAAGGAAGUUAUCAUCCGGGAAAAGAGGAAACCGCAAGGUGCAUCCAUUCCACUUCGGUGCCAUUGCACCUGAUUUUAAAGAAAUGCAUCGGUUUCUCUUCAUUUUCUUUUUGUAAGUUCCAUUUUUUCUUUUUUUCUCUUUUUGCCUGGGUAGUUCCAAUUUUUUGAAUUGCUAGCUUCUCUUCUUUCUUUUCCUAUUAUCUCUGCUUCUCUUGGGAAAUCUUUCUGUGAUGAUGGUGAUCCUGGAAUUGUUACAUACUAAAAGUGAUGAUUUAGUUGGAAAUAUUUGAUCCACUGUUAUGUUGAUCUAUUGUGCAGGUACUUUGUAGCUAUGUACUGCAUUUUGCUACCUACGGUAUAGGACAGAUAACAUAGUAAUGGUACUCUAAAGGAACUUGGAGAUGUUAAUCAGUUCAUUGCUUGAACCUUCAGGAAGGACUAUAAAUGUAUGAUCCAUGGGACAGAAAUAACAAAUAGACCUCUUUAUCAUUUAUAUAAAAGUCUCUAUCAUAAAAUAUUCAUUUCCUGCUGUAUAAGCCGUCCCUCUGCAGCAAGAACGGGUACCCAAUUCCUCUUCUCCUUGAAGGGAAAAUCACAAACAGAACACUCACUACAAAUCCAACCACCAGAGGAGCAGUGUUGCUAACCUUUCUGGGCAAUGCUGGGUAGUAGCAUGACACAGCAUCAGGGUGCAAAGCUGCAAAAGUGAGAAAAGCAAUCAGAGAAAGUGAUCCAUGGAAGAGAUCUCCCCAUCCCAACCUGUAAUCUGAUGGCCUCAGGGGUUUCUUCCUCCCUCCAUUGAAAGUCCAUAUUCCUCCACGUGUGGCAACGCCAUAGUACAACCUCCCGGUGGCAGUUCGAAAGCUAUCAGUUAUGGAGAGGAAGAUGCAGGACCCUGCUGAAAGUGCCGAGAAGACAGCCAUCAGCCACCGAUUCAGGGCAUCGCAUUGGCCAUCGUUGGUGAGGAUAGGCGCGAAAAUGGUGAAGGCGAGGAUGGUGGCAGAGGGCAGAAGAACGUUAAGGCGAGCUGUGCCGCUUAGGAUUGUGUUGAGGAUGAAUAUGAACUGGGUUUCAUCAGUUUCUUCCUCUGCUGGCAGGUAGACUUUGCCAACCUCUUCUAUCUCAAUUAGGUGUUGUUUGAUUGAAUCUUCCAUUAUUUGCCUGUCUGUGUGAGGAGGCUGUAACAGAGGUGUCAAUGUGGAAAGGUUGCAUUGCAAUGGUUUUUGAACAUGAGAGGAGGAUUAUUCUUUGUUGAAACAAAGGGGCAUAGGAAACAAUCUUUCUCAUUCUUUUCUUCAUUGAUAGCUCAUGGAGAAGGUGGGUUUCCUGUUCUUACAAGUAAGCAUUUGUUU